CACACGGACACACGGCCGGAGCCCGAGCCCUGGAUAACCCGGAAGUGCUUGGGAGCUUUCGGCGCCGCGGCCAAGAGCCCGGGAAGGAGACCACGGCUCCCGCGCCGCCGCCGCCGCCGCCGCCGCCUCCUCGCCGUGAAGGGCCGCGCUCCGGCUGGAGCUUGGCGGCCCUCAGCCGGCAGCGAUGGAGGAGAAGAGGCCGGGAGGAGGAGGAGGAGGAGCAGCGGCUGGAGCCGGAGCAGAAGCCGGAGCUGCCGGCGCCGCUCUGGAGCCCGCGGCCGGCCUGCUGGGCACGCUCUACUUGCUGCUCUCGCUCGUCGUGGCCGCGGCGCGGGCCGAGAAGGAAGCAUUUAUUCAGUCAGAGAGCAUUAUAGAAGUACUGCGUUUUGAUGAUGGAGGUCUGUUACAGACUGAGACAACAUUUGGACUCAGUUCAUAUCAACAGAAAAGUAUAUCUCUGUACCGCGGUAAUUGCAGACCUAUACGAUUUGAACCACCAAUGCUGGAUUUCCAUGAACAGCCAGUUGGAAUGCCAAAAAUGGAAAAAGUUUACUUACAUAAUCCUAGUUCUGAAGAAACUAUUACUUUAAUAUCAAUAUCUGCUACAACGUCACAUUUUCAUGCAUCUUUUUUCCAAAAUAGGAAAAUUCUCCCAGGAGGAAAUACAUCUUUUGAUGUAGUUUUUCUUGCAAGAGUAGUAGGAAAUGUAGAAAAUACUUUAUUUAUUAACACAUCGAAUCAUGGGGUAUUUACCUACCAGGUAUUUGGUGUUGGAAUUCCAAAUCCAUACCGAUUGAGGCCAUUUCUUGGGGCCAGAGUCCCUGUGAAUAGCAGUUUCUCACCAAUAAUAAGUAUCCACAAUCCUCACAGUGAGCCUUUACAGGUGGUGGAGAUGUACUCUAGUGGAGGGGAUCUUCACCUUGAACUUCCCACAGGCCAGCAAGGGGGCACCAGAAAACUCUGGGAAAUUCCUCCUUAUGAAACCAAGGGAGUGAUGAGAGCAAGUUUUUCAUCUAGAGAAGCAGAUAAUCACACAGCCUUCAUAAGAAUAAAGACUAAUGCUUCAGACAGCACAGAGUUUAUCAUUCUUCCUGUUGAGGUUGAAGUUACUACAGCUCCUGGAAUUUAUUCCUCCAUAGAAAUGUUAGAUUUUGGAACACUGCGAACACAAGAUCUACCAAAAGUUUUAAAUCUUCAUUUAUUAAAUUCAGGAACAAAAGAUGUCCCAAUAACUAGUGUUCGCCCAACACCUCAAAAUGAUGCUAUAAUGGUACACUUUAAGCCAAUUACACUAAAAGCUUCAGAAAGUAAAUAUACCAAGGUUGCAAGUAUUAGUUUUGAUGCAUCAAAGGCAAAAAAACCAUCUCAGUUUUCCGGGAAAAUAACUGUCAAAGCAAAGGAAAAAAGUUAUCCAAAACUCGAAAUACCGUAUCAAGCAGAAGUUUUAGAUGGUUAUUUGGGAUUUGAUCACGCUGCAACACUAUUUCACAUCCGAGACAGUCCUGCUGAUCCUGUGGAAAGGCCAAUUUACCUUACUAACACUUUCAGUUUUGCAAUUCUCAUUCAUGAUGUGUUACUACCAGAAGAAGCCAAAACAAUGUUUAAAGUUCACAACUUCAGCAAACCAGUCUUAAUUCUUCCAAAUGAAUCAGGAUACAUUUUUACUCUAUUUUUUAUACCAUCCACAUCAUCCAUGCACAUAGAUAACAACAUUUUACUUAUUACCAAUGCUUCUAAAUUUCAUUUACCAGUGAGGGUAUAUACAGGCUUUUUAGAUUAUUUUGUAUUACCACCCAAAAUAGAGGAACGGUUCAUAGAUUUUGGCAUAUUAAGUGCAACAGAAGCAAGUAAUAUUUUAUUUGCAAUUAUAAACAGCAAUCCAAUUGAGUUGGCGAUAAAAAGUUGGCAUAUCAUAGGAGAUGGUUUAUCAAUAGAGCUUGUAGCUACUGAAAAAGGAAAUAGAACUACAAUAAUUUCAAGUCUUCCAGAAUUAGAAAAGUCCUCUUUAUCAGACCAGUCAUCUGUUAUAUUAGCUUCAGGCUAUUUUGCAGUGUUCAGAGUCAAACUUAUUGCAAAAAAACUGGAAGGUAUUCAUGAUGGAGCCAUCCAAAUCACCACAGACUAUGAGAUCCUAACAAUUCCAGUGAAGGCCGUGAUCGCAGUUGGUUCACUGACUUGCUUUCCAAAGCAUAUGGUUCUUCCACCUGCCUUUCCAGGGAAAACAGUUCAUCAGAGUUUAAAUAUUAUGAAUUCCUUCUCACAAAAGGUAAAGAUACAACAAAUACGAUCUUUGUCAGAAGAUUUACGUUUUUACUACAAACGAAUACGGGGCAAUAAGGAAGACUUGGAACCAGGAAAAAAAUCAAAGAUUGCAAACAUUUAUUUCGAUCCUGGACUGCAGUGUGGAGAUCAUUGCUAUGUUGGUUUGCCUUUUUUAUCUAAAUCUGAACCCAAAAUGCAGCCUGGUAUAGCCAUGCAGGAAGACAUGUGGGAUGCUGACUGGGAUUUGCAUCAAAGCCUGUUCAAAGGAUGGAUGGGAAUAAAGGAAAAUUCAGGUCAUAGAUUGAAUGCUAUGUUUGAAGUAAAUACAGAUCUUCAAAAAAAUAUACAAUCAAAAAUCACUGCUGAGCUGAUCUGGCCUUCCAUACUCAGUUCACCCCGUCUCUUGAAAUUCCCACUCACUAACACAAACUGCUCUUCAGAAGAAGAAAUUACUUUAGAAAAUCCUGCAGAUGUUCCUGUGUAUGUUCAGUUUGUUCCUCUGGCUUUAUAUUCCAACCCUUCAGUCUUUGUAGAUAAGUUAAUAUCAAGGUUUAACUUGAGUAAGGUCGCAAAGGUAGAUUUGAGAACACUAGAAUUCCAAGUCUUCAGAAACAGUGCUCAUCCACUGCAAAGUUCAACAGGAUUUACAGAGGGCCUCUCUCGGCACUUAAUCUUAAACCUUAUUUUAAAACCUGGAGAAAAGAAAUCUGUCAAAGUAAAGUUUACUCCAAUACACAACAGAACUGUUUCUUCACUAAUUAUUAUCAGAAAUAACUUGACUGUGAUGGAUGCUGUGAUGCUCCAAGGACAAGGAACCACUGAGAAUUUAAGAGUGGCAGGCAAGCUUCCGGGCCCAGGAAGUUCUUUACGCUUUAAAAUCACAGAAGCAUUAUUAAAAGAUUGUACAGAUAGUUUGAAAUUAAGAGACCCCAAUUUCACACUGAAAAGAACAUUUAAAGUAGAAAAUACAGGACAACUUCAGAUUCGCAUAGAAGCCAUUGAAGUCAGUGGAUAUCCGUGUGAGGGAUAUGGCUUUAAAGUUGUUAAUUGUCAAGAGUUUGUACUAAGCGCCAAUGCUUCUAGAGACAUUAUUAUAUUGUUUACUCCUGAUUUCACAGCUUCUAGAAUUAUUCGUGAACUGAAGUUUAUAACAACCAGUGGCUCUGAAUUUGUAUUUGUGUUGAAUGCAUCGCUUCCAUUUCAUAUGUUAGCAACCUGUGCAGAAGCCCUACCCAGACCCAACUGGGAGCUGGCUCUGUACGUUAUCAUCUCAGGAAUAAUGAGUGCACUAUUCCUUUUGGUAAUCGGAACAGCUUAUUUAGAAGCUCAAGGAAUUUGGGAGCCUUUUCGACGGCGAUUGUCCUUUGAGGCCUCUAACCCCCCCUUUGAUGUGGGAAGACCAUUUGAUCUCAGGAGAAUUGUUGGCAUUUCAUCUGAAGGAAACUUGAAUGCACUAAAUUGUAACCCUGGUCAUAGUCGGGGAUUCUGUGGAACAGGCAGCUCAUCAGCAAGACCUGGCACUGGGAGCCACAAACAGUAUGGCCCAUCCGUUCACCCGCACAACAGUCACAGUAGUAGAAACUCAGUUGAUGCAGAAAGCGUCAGAAUAAAAAACACAAGUACCUCUAGCAGGACGUCUACACAGUGUACUAGUAAAUCGAACCCCCUUGCUAUAGAUUCAAGUGCAGUGGGCCAGAGUCAUGCAGCAGGCAGAAAGUCCAAAGGAGCAAAGCAGAAUCAGCACAGUAGCCAGCACCACGGCCACAGCCCAUUGGAGCAGCACUCACCUUUGCCACCGCCACCACCAGUGCCUCAGCACCAGGAGCCACAGCCAGAGAGGCUGUCACCCACCCCCCUCAUACACCCUUCCCACCCAGAAUGUGCCAGCAGUACAAGGCACAGCUCAGAGGACUCAGAUAUUACCAGUCUCAUUGAAGCCAUGGAUAAAGAGUUCGACCAUCAUGACUCCCCACCCCUAGAAGUGUUUACAGAGCAGCCACCAUCACCAUUGUCCAAAAGCAAAGGGAAAGGAAAAGCUCUUCAACGCAAGGUGAAAAUACCUAAGAAGCAAGAGGAAAGGGAGAAGAAGGGAAGAAGAAAAGCCCCAAAAGAUGAGCUGAAGGAUUCCUUGGCUGACGAUGACAGCUCCUCCACCACCACAGAGACCUCCAACCCCGACACAGAACCUCUCCUCAAGGAGGAUACAGAAAAGCAAAAGGGAAAACAAGCCAUGCCUGAAAAAAAUGAAAAUGAAAUGUCUCAAACAAAGCAAAAAAGUAAAAAACUGUUAAACAGUAAAAAAGAGAUCUCAACAGACAUAAAACCCAGUUCUUUAGAGCUAGCGUAUACGUCCCCGUUGGAAAGUAAACAACGUAGAAAUCCCCCAACCAAGAUUCCUCUUCCAACUGCUUUGACAAGUGGAUCCAAAUCACGAAAUUCCCAGAAAACAAAAGGUACAAAGUUAGUGGAUAACAGACUGCCUGCCUUGUCAAAGUUCCUCCCAAAUAGUCAAGAACUGGGCAACACCAGUAGCUCUGAGGGUGAAAAAGACUCUCCACCACCAGAGUGGGAUUCUGUGCCCGUUCACAAACCUGGGAGCUCUACUGACAGUCUCUAUAAACUUUCUCUGCAAACCCUCAGUGCAGACAUUUUCUUAAAACAAUGCCAGACCUCACCAACACCUGCCUCCCCAUCUCCUCCGGCUGCCCCUUGCCUGUUUUCGUCCAGGACCAGCUAUAGCAGCAUUGUCAACAGCAGCUGCAGCAGUGAUCCUAAGGCAAAACCGUCAAGUGGAAGCAAACAUAAAUUGACAAAAGCAGCCUCGCUCCCUGGCAAGAAUGGCAACCCUACUUUUGCUGCAGUCACAGCUGGAUAUGACAAGAGUCCAGGUGGAAAUGGCUUUGCUAAUAAAGCUUCUUCAAACAAAAGUGAUUUUCCCAGCAGCCUUGGCAUUUCAAGCACUCCUGUUGACAGCGACGGCUCAGACAGCUCCGGUUUAUGGAGUCCCAUCAGCAACCCCAGCAGCCCUGACUUCACACCCCUCAAUUCCUUCUCGGCCUUUGGAAAUUCUUUUAACCUAACUGGUGAAGUUUUCAGUAAACUUGGGUUACCGCGAUCAUGCAAUCAGGCAUCACAAAGAAGCUGGAAUGAGUUCAGCAGCAGCCCUUCAUACCUUUGGGACUCUCCAGGGACAGACCCCAGCCCUUCCUGGCCUGCCACUUCCAGUUCCCCAACCCACACAGCCACAUCCAUCCUCGGCAACACCAGUGGACUAUGGUCCACCACUCCCUUCAGCAGCUCCAUCUGGUCCAGCAACCUCAGCAGCACUCUUCCUUUCACCACUCCAGCAAACACACUGACAGGAAUCGGCCUCAUGGGUACUGAAAACACUUCUGAGCCUCACGCUCCAUCUGCCUCUGGUCCCACUGAUGAUCUGGGGCAGCCCUACAACCCUUGGCGGAUUUGGAGCCCCACCAUUGGAAGAAGAAGUUCUGACCCCUGGUCUAACUCACACUUCCCCCAUGAGAAUUGAAAUUAGGGGGAAGAAAGUGGGGGACCUCUUGUCUAGAUGAUUCAGAUAUCUCUCAAAGGUUCUUGUUGCUGUAGUUUCUCACUCUCCACCCUCCUCAUCUUUGCAAAACAGAUUCAAGCAGGGCAGGCUUGUACCACUUGCUUCUUUCAAAUCUUGCAAUUAUGAUAAUGAGAUUUGCUGUUGUGCUUUUAAGAGAAAAUUCUGAACACGGCCACAAACUCUUAAAAAGACCUGUACAUCUUACAACCAUAAUUGUUACCAAGUUUCUACCAC